AUGGGUGCUUCAUUCGAGUCUAAACGCGUCCAUGGAGCCGCGGUGGUGACAGGCGCUGGUUCAGGCAUCGGACGCGCCGUUUCCGUCGCUCUCUCCGUAGCCGGUGUCUCGACCCUCUACAUCACGGACAUCAACGCCGAAGGCCUCGAAGCCACACAAUCAAUUAUAGCCUCCCUCAACCUACCAUCGUCUCCUACGAUAACGCUUGUCCUGGGCGACAUCUCCUCUUCUGACUUCGUAGCGGAACUCUUCAACCAAAUACCAUGUCUCGAUUACGCCGUAAAUUGCGCUGGAGUCCUGGGAUCCAAUAAACCGACAGCCGAAGUUAGCCUCGAGGAAUUUGACAAGUUGAAUAGCAUAAACUAUCGCGGACUAUGGAUGUGCGUCAAGGAAGAGCUGAAACUGAUGUUGAGGAAUGACGUCAAGCCAUACAAGGGGUUCACGCUCUCAGAAGAGGAAGCAAAGAUACGCGGGCAACGUGGCUCCAUCGUGAACAUAGCCUCGCAGCUGGGCAUUGUCGGAAAGACGCAGGCAGCUAUCUAUACUGCGUCGAAGGCCGCCGUACUAUCGCUUACACGCUCCGAUUCGAUAGACUACAGCAAACCGCCGCACCACAUCCGCAUCAACUCGAUUUGCCCUGGAGUUAUCGCUACCCCGAUGACGACCUCGGAGUCUGGCGAGGUUAGCUCGAGGCUAAGGAGCGCUAUAAGCAUAGCUCCGAUGGACAGAAUGGGGCUCCCCAGCGAGAUCGCGGAUACCGCCGUCUGGCUCUGCUCUGGCGAGAGCAGCUUCGUCACUGGAUCGGGCGUCGUAGUCGAUGGCGGAUAUAUCAUCAACUGA